AUGAGAAUUUUCAUGGAUUUCAAGCCUGGUUCAAGUCUAUGUCAGUUUUUCCAGGCUGUAUUUAAAUUCAAAACUGAAUUAGGAUGGCGCCGUUUUGAUUUUCAGUCACCGUCUCGGAUGGACCGCAAUAUAGAAAUGUUUCUACAGGCGGAGAAAGCACUGAUUCAGUCCAAACACCUGGUCUUGCCUCAUAUUUACAUCCGGCCUGACGUGGACAAGCUUCUGGUGCCCAAGCUGCGGGACAUCAUCAAACGGCACCAAGGAGUAUUGGUGGAUGACCCUGAAGCUGCUACACACGUUGUGUACACAAUACCACAGAACCCUCCCUCUCAGGAAGAAGAGUACUUCAGACCUACCUUCCGCCGAGAUCGCAGCUAUGGGAUCCACUGGUGGUAUUACCCUGAUAGCUACGAUUCCUGGGUCAGUGAUGUCAACAUUGAUUACGACAUGGAACACAGUCAGCCUCCGGAAGUUUGGGAGGUCAGCGCCAGGUGGCUACUUGAUCUGGAGGAGUUCAACGAGUGGAUGAAUGAAGAGGACUAUCUGAUAGAGGAUGAAUUCAGUAAUGGUGAAGGAAAGAAACCCAAGAAGGCUGGCAAAGUCCGUCUGACAGUUGAUGAU